AUGCAAUGUUCCUGGAAGGCAGUGAUCCUGCUGGCUUUGGCCUCCAUCGCCAUCCAGUACACGGCCAUCCGUACACUCACCUCUAAGCCUUUCCAGUUGUGUACAUUGCCCAGCCCACAGAACUGUGGUCUGGGGGAUCAGGAGACCGAACCCCCCAUUGAACGCGGGGCUGGAGGCUGCGAUGAUUACCCUUUCUUUUCCACCAAUGCAUCCCGCAAAACCCACAUCCUGGUCUUGGCUACCACCCGUAGCGGCUCCUCCUUUGUUGGCCAACUUCUCAACCAGCACCAAGAGGUUUUUUACCUUUUUGAACCUCUGCAUCAUGUUCAAACUACACUAAUCCCCCGUCUAUACCACAGCCACAACACAGCAGACCGCCGUGUGAUGCUGGGUGCUAGCCGAGACCUCUUGAGAAGCCUGUACGGUUGCGACCUAUAUUUCCUUGAGAGCUACAUCAAACCAACACCCACAAACCACACAACAGACAAACUUUUCCGCCGUGGUGCGAGCAGGGCAUUGUGCCAGCAACCUGUAUGUGAUGCCUUCGGCCCAGCCGAUGUCAAUGUAGAAGAGGGAGACUGCGUUAAGAAAUGUGGACUUCUUAAUAUGACCUUGGCCUCUGAAGCCUGUCGAGAGAAACGGCAUGUAGCCAUCAAGAUUGUCCGUGUGCCAGAGAUCGGGGAUUUGCGUGCUUUGUUGGAGGACCCUAGACUGAAUAUCAAAGUGAUCCAACUUGUCAGAGACCCUCGUGGUAUCCUAUCAUCCCGUAUCGAGACAUUCAGGGAUACCUACCGGCUGUGGCGUAUAUGGAGGGCUACAGGUCGAAAGCCCUAUAAUCUUGACUUGAGUCAGCUCACUGUUGUCUGUGAAGACUACCGAAGCUCUGUAUCAACUGGUCUCAGUCAUCCAUAUUGGUUGAAAGGGAAAUACAUGUUGGUUCGCUAUGAAGAUUUGGCGAAAAAUCCACUCCACAGGACGAAGGAGAUCUAUGACUAUUUAGGACUGCCGAUGGAUAAAAACGUGGAAAACUGGAUACACGCAAACACCCGCGGCAGCAAUGAACCAUCAGCGAAACAUAAAUUCGGUACAAUACGAGACUCGGCAGCUAAUGCAGAAAGCUGGCGGUUGAAACUGUCUUAUGACAUGGUAGAAUACACUCAGACAGUGUGCCAAAAGGUUCUCCAUCAACUUGGAUACAAGUCCGUUAGGUCAGCUGAGGAACUGAAAAACAUGUCUAUUUCACUGGUGCAAGAAAAAACCUUUGUACCCUUUUUGUAA